UCUCUUCACACACCAGUAUUUAGGGGGCUUUUGUUUUCCAUGCUGCUUUUUUCUCUUUACCACCACUCCUUCUUCCAGUUUACUAUUUCUUAGUUCCAUGGCUUCUCCCUUUUUCUCUCAAUCCUUCACUUUAUUUUUUUUUCCCUAACUUCCCUUAGCUUUAUAUAAGCUUUCUUCUUAUUGCUUUGCUGCGCCACUUUCCAUUUGAAUCUUUUGGUUUCUUUAUUUGUUUUUGUUCUUUCUGUCAGGUGCUUUGGACAAUAAAAAUUUCAGCUGUUUGGUCAGUUGAUAUAUAUAGGGGGAGAGAGAGAGAGAUUUUAAGCUGAAUUUUGAGGGGUUUUUGUACUUUGUUGAUUGGAACCAAGAUUGUGAUAAAGAGAAGGUUAUAGGAAAGAGAGGGGCAAUAGGGUUUUAGCUUCUAACAGGAAUGGAAAACAUUGCUCUAAUUGGUGAGGAAUAUGAUCAGAUGGAUUUGCCCCCAGGUUUCAGGUUUCACCCUACUGAUGAAGAGCUUAUUUCUUGCUACUUGUACAAGAAGGUUCUUGACAUUAACUUCAGCGCCAGAGCUAUUGGAGAGGUGGAUUUGAACAAGUCUGAGCCCUGGGAAUUGCCAUGGAAAGCAAAAAUGGGAGAGAAAGAAUGGUAUUUUUUCUGCGUGAGAGACAGAAAAUACCCUACUGGUCUGAGGACAAAUAGGGCUACUGAUUCUGGCUACUGGAAAGCCACGGGGAAAGACAAGGAGAUUUACAGAGGAAACUCAUUGGUUGGAAUGAAGAAAACUCUUGUUUUCUACAACGGUAGAGCUCCGAAAGGAGAAAAAACCAACUGGGUCAUGCAUGAAUACAGAUUGGAAGGCAAAUACUCAGUCCACAACCUCCCUAAAACUGCCAAGAAUGAAUGGGUAAUUUGCAGGGUAUUCCAAAAGAGUUCUGAUGGGAAGAAAACCCAUAUUUCAGGUCUUGUCAGGGUGGGUUCUUUUGGUAAUGAGCUGGGUCCUGCUGGUCUACCACCAUUAAUGGAAUCUUCGCCAUACAAUGGCAAGAACGAACCUGUUGCCAAAUCGGCUUGCGUGCCCUGCUUCUCCAAACCUACUGAUGCUCAAAGAAACCAAGAAGACAAAAUUAAUAACUUCAAAAAUCCUACUGACAUUUUCCCACCAAUCCCACUUUCAAACUCUUUUUACUCUGCUCAAGCUGUCCCUUUCCCAUCAAAUUUUCAAUACCCUGGCUCUGUUUUGAUGCAGGACCAAUCAAUCCUGAGGACCUUAAUUGAAAACCGUGGGUCAAACAUGAGCCAGGAUUGCAAAACGGAGAGGAAGAUGGGUAGUGUUUCACAACAAACAGGUUUAACCACUGAUAUUAACACUGAAAUCCCUUCUGUCAUAUCGAAUCUCAAAGCAGGAAAGAGGCCAUUUGAUGAUCAAGAAGCCCCUUCUACUUCAGCUGGACCAGUGGACCUUGAUUGUUUUUGGCAUUACUGAAAUCAGAAACAGCAGCAUUUGAAGAAGGAACAAGUUUAAAAAAAAAAAAAAAAGCUACAAUUUUAGAAGAUUAGACCUUUCAUUUACUAUUAUUGCUUGAAAAAUAUUGUGGUGUGAGUCUGUAUGAAUAGAGAUUUCCUGUAAGCCUAAAUGAAAACUUUCAAAGAAAUUGAAGCAUAAAAUUAAUGUAUUAUUUAUAA